CGCGUUCGAUUCUCCACAAGUCACGUUUACUUCACAAGUCACCUUCGUAGUACUAUCGUUCGCAUUCCCGCUUUUUCAUACAUUUCCCGAUCAGUGACCAUGUCGUCGGCCAUGUCUUUCCAGAUCGCAUCCACGCUCUUCCAGUGGAUGUUCAACGAAUCUUCCGCGCCCGCCGACGCAGAGUGUCCGGCCCGGAGAGCAUCACAGCAAUCGCAGUCGCGCACACACAGCCAUGCUUGCUCAACGUCCCCCAUCACCACCAUUACUUCGCCGUCAUCGGGCCUCAGAUCAUCAUCGAGUUCAGGAAGAGGAGACAGCAGGCCAAGAAGCCCGGAGACGUCACCCUUGCUGGGCGGCAAAGCUUUUAGCCCUUGCCAAACACAGAUUCAGUGGGAAACAGAACAAUGGGAAGCUCAGAUGGACAUGAACACGGAACGAUCUAGGGUCGUGUUUCCCAUGCUGGGCUCAGCGUGAUGAAGCAAUAAAUCACGUUCGCAAACACAUACCAUGAAUGUAAGACGUCUGAAACCACCAAGACCUCAGAAGAUACUAAUGAG